GCACGCCGCCACCAUCGUCACUCCUCCUCCUCCUCCUCCUCCUCCUCUUCUUCUUCUUCUUCUUCAGCCUGAAAAAAAAAAAAAAACACCAGCGGUGACAUUUUGCACUUUGCACGCGUGGACACUCGCCUUCUCUCCCGACCGCGUGUACCGAGCAUCCCCCCGACCGCUGGAGCAGCACACAGCCGCACGGAGAGGCGCUGCGGGCGGAAGCGAGGAGCUUGAGGAAGCCGCCGCUCUCUGGACUUAACACUGGAACAUAUUUACGUUUAGAGCACCGAGGCUGAGCUUGCUGGACUAUAGCCGGGCAGAGCAUCAUCAUCUCCGGGGAAGAACCGCCUGGCGAGUCGCAUGGAGAAGAGGUAUGAAGAGCUGGUGCACUACUCAGGGUCGGAGGGCAUGUCGCUGGGGGUGUACGGAGAGGACGUCAGGCCACUCCCGCCCCCGCAGUACGGAGCCGCCAUCCCCGACUCCCUUAAACACCACAAGGACCAGAUCUAUGGUCACCCACUGUUCCCACUAUUGGCCUUAGUUUUUGAGAAGUGUGAGCUCGCCACGUGCUCCCCCCGAGACUCCUCCUCCUCCCUGUCAGCCUCCUCCCACCUCCCAGGCAUGACCAACCACAGCGACGUGUGCUCCUCCGAAUCAUUCAACGAUGACAUCGCCGCAUUCGCGAAACAGAUUCGUUCGGAGAAACCCAUAUUUUCCUCCAACCCUGAGCUUGACAACUUGAUGAUCCAGGCUAUUCAGGUUCUUCGCUUUCAUUUACUGGAGCUGGAAAAGGUUCAUGACCUAUGUGAUAACUUCUGCCACCGUUACAUCACCUGUCUGAAGGGCAAGAUGCCCACAGACCUGGUCCUGGAUGAAAGGGAGGGAGGCUCCAAGUCUGACAUGGAGGACUUUAAUGGAUCCUGCACCAGCUUGUCUGAACAGAAUGCUUCAUGGUUACGAGAGCCGGAUGAAUGUGCUACCACUCCUUUGGGAACACCUGGCACCUGUGGGCUGCCUUCACUCCACACAGCAGACAACUGUAGCGAUACAGGAGACGGUCUGGAUGCAGGAGUGGCCUCCCCAAGCACUGGAGAUGACGAUGAAUCUGACAGGGAGAGGAGGAACAACAAGAAGAGAGGAAUCUUCCCUAAAGUAGCUACAAACAUAAUGCGAGCGUGGCUCUUUCAGCAUUUGUCGCACCCGUACCCCUCGGAGGAGCAGAAAAAGCAGCUGUCGCAGGACACGGGUCUGACCAUCUUACAGGUCAACAACUGGUUCAUCAAUGCGAGGAGGAGAAUUGUUCAGCCCAUGAUCGACCAGUCCAAUCGCUCAGGUCAGGGUGGUCCCUACAGCCCGGAGGGAGCAGCGCUGGGGGGCUACGGGCUCGACGGACAAGCCCACCUGGGGCUUCGAACAGCAGGUCUACAGGGGAUGCCAUCUCUACAGGGAGACUACCCCGGCGCUCUGCUGUCCCAAGCGGCCUACCCUCCCCACCCUGGACCUUCUCUCCACCCCUACCCGGGGCCGCACCCGCACGCCGCCAUGCUCCUCCACCCGCCGCCCCACGCGCACCCCGCAGAGCCCCUCCUCGCACAAGGACUGGACAUACAUGCGCACUAGCCGCGAGGGGCCCGGGGGACGGGGGUGGGGGUGGGUGUGUGACUGCGGUGCAUGGCCCAAGUGUGAUGACAUAAUAUUUAAAGAAAAAACAGGACAAAUUGCUCCAAAGUUUACAUUCCCUGUACCCUAAAGACGACGGCCUCAAUGUAGCACACACACGCACACACACACACAUGCAUACACACACACACACACACACACACACACACACACACUCUGGUUUAAGCCAUAGCUCUCUCAGAGUAGAAGUGCUUCCUCCACCGUGUCCCAUGGACAAGACCAAUGCUUUAAACGUCAUCGUCUGACCACAGGAAAGAGACACAAAGUAAUCCUGUGACCAUGCCUUCUUCCUCUUCUUCUUCUUCUUCUUCUUCCAGCUCUGUCUUCCUGACCACCCGCCCCCCUCCCCCCCUCUCCUCACACACUUUAUUUAAGGCUGAUUCUAUUUUUGUAUUUAUGUGCGCCACUCCUGGCGGAUGCAGCUCGUUUGAAAUGUUAGCGCUCUUCCUUAGCAUGAAGCUAAACACCAUGAAUGACUUCCAGUCUGCCUCGCUCUCACAUCACUAACCUCCUUAAUACGCCAGCCGGUGUCCGUCUCACACACACACACACACACACACACACACACACACACACACACACACACACACACAUAGAGUAGGGAAGGGAUUCAUUUGGCCCCAUUCCUGGGUAGAGGUCUGCUGAAAAUGAUGGAAAGCGCCACUCUACAAGCCACAAAAACACAUUUUAAGAUAUUCAACACUCCACUGCCAUCUGGCGGCCAAAAUGGAUAUGACACCACCCUAAUGUGUUACGUUUCAUGUGUCAGGUAAAACCGUGACGAACGGGGCCUUAUGAAUAACCUUCCCGCCGUAGACAGACACAAGACAGGCUCUUCAAGCAUUUGAGUACAUUGUGUGCGUCACAGCAGUGCAAGAGGGAGCUGCAGCCAAAGGAAUCUUAAAACGUUCUGCUCCCACUCUUCUCUGCUUGGACCGAAUUAUCUGCUUAUUGAAUUAAAAUGUGUUUUGUUUUUUUA